GCUAAGGAGCACACUGUGACACGAGCAUAUCCAAUUAUCCACAGGAAAUUUGGACCAUUUUCCUGAAACCGGCCAGUACGCCAAGUACCCAUUGACAAACAAAACAAUAUGCAGUAUGCAACUAACAAAUCCAUCAACCCAAGCAGCAGCGUCAGCCACAGAAAAUCCACAUCCCAUUUCCCUUAAGACGCCACGCCUAUAUAAUCCGCGCCUUCCCACGCCACGAUGCAUCCAUCGUCCCCAUCGAUCGAUCGAUCGCUUCCGCUUCGCUCAAUCCGCUACGUUGAUAGCUAACUAGAGGCGCAGCAAUGGCGGUGGCGGCAGACGAGGUGACACCGGAGGAGCAGGAGGAGGAAGUGAUCAUCGUGGGGGCCGGGCAGUCGGGGCUGGCGGCGGCGGCGUGCCUGUCGCGGCGCGGGGUCGGGAGCCUCGUCCUGGAGCGCGACGACUGCGUGGCGUCGCUGUGGUGGCGCCGUGCCUACGACCGCCUCCACCUCCACAUCCCCAAGCGCUUCUGCGCGCUGCCGCACGCGCCGCACGCCGGCGACGCCCCCAACUACCUCCCGCGCGACGACUACGCCCGCUACCUCGAGGCCUACGCGGCGCGCUUCGGCGUCCGGUCCCGCCUCCGCCGCGAGGUCCGCGCGGCGAGGUUCGACGCGGCGAGGGGCAGGUGGCUCGUCGACGCCGUAGACCUCGCCACGGGGAGGCCGGAGCGGUACGUGGCGAGGUACCUGGUCGCCGCCGCCGGGGAGAACGCCGAGAAGGUGGUGCCCGAGGUGCCCGGCAUGGACACCUUCCCCGGGAAGGCGAUGCACUCCGUCGACUACCGGUCGGCGGAGGGGUUCAAGGGGAAGUCCGUGCUCGUCGUCGGCUCCGGGAACUCCGGCAUGGAGAUCGCCUACGACCUCGCCGUCGGCGGCGCCGCCACCUCCAUCGUCGUCCGCAGCGAGGUGCACGUGGUGAGCAGGGAGAUCUGGAGCGCCGGGAUGACGCUGAUGAGGUACCUGCCGCUGUGGGCGCUCGACAAGAUGGUGCUGCUCUUGUGCGCUGUCGUCUUCGGCGACACCGCCCGUUACGGCCUCCGGCGGCCGGCCAUUGGCCCCUUCACCAUGAAAAUGACCACCCCGGCGUACCCCGUCUACGACGUCGGCACCUUCGCCAAGAUCAAGUCCGGCGAGAUCCGCGUCCUGCCGACCGGCCUCAAGGGAGUCCACGGCAGCGACGUCGAGUUCCUCGACGGCCAGCGCCACACCUUCGACGCCAUCAUCUUCGCCACCGGCUAUCGGAGCACCACCCACGAGUGGCUCAAGAGUGAGGACGGGCUGAUCGGCGACGACGGGCUGGCGCGGCGGAGGCCGCCGAAUCACUGGAAGGGGGAGAACGGGCUGUACUGCGCGGGGAUGGUGAGGCUGGGCAUCUACGGCAGCGCCGGCGACGCGGAGCUCAUCGCCGACGACAUCGCGGAGCAGAGGCACCGCCGGAUCGGAGCAGCAAUUAAACCCGCUGCCCACAACGGCCACGCCGGCAACGGAGGAUCCGCCUGAAGCCUACCCAUCCCGUACAGGCAAUAAAGGAAUAGGAAGCAAUCAAAGCCGCUGAUCGAUGCUGAAAAUCUUGAUCAUGUGUGGCUAUAUGCGGUUUUGUUUUUGGGUUUAUAUAUGGGAUGAAUUAAACGAAAUAAUUAAGAUAUUCAUAACUUGGCCUUAAAAAAUGGUCUGUAUAAUAAUACUAAUACUAAGAGCAAGGCUAAUAAUAUAGCUCACAAGCUGGCUAUAAAACUAUUUACGGUCUUCUCACAGCCCACUUAUAUAUAUUAGCCAGUUCUUUAUCAUUAAUACAUGACUCACAUAUAUCUCACAUAGUUUUUUGUUUCUUAUGCUUGAGCUAGCUAUAAUCUUACAACCCGUUUCUUCUCUCUCUCCUCCACAUCAGGAUAUAGCUGGCCGUAGAUAAUAACUAGAUAAUACCCUGUGGCCGUAGAGUUUAUUAGAUUUAUCAUCGUAGCAAUUGAAGUUUAAAACUACCGUGUGAAAAUGGGCAUAAUUGUGUAUACUAUUAUUAUGUAUGUGAUAAUGCCGCUUGUUGUUUUUUUUUCAAAGCAUCAUUUCAUGGCAAAAUGAAUAUAUAUUACUC